AUGAAAAACCAUCUCAAUAAUAAUGAGGAUAACUCAACAUUAAUAAAGAAGAAAGUUUUAUUUGUAAUUGCACAUCCAGAUGAUGAGUGUAUGUUUUUCACACCAACUAUUCAACACUAUAAUUUUAUUGGAAGUGAAAUAUUUGUAGCAUGUUUAUCAAAUGGUAAUGCAGUUGGGUUAGGUAAAAUUAGAGAAAAGGAAUUAAUUGAUAGUUGUAUUGAUAUGGGUAUAAAUCAAGAAAAUGUUUUUUUCGAUCAAACUAAUAACUUUCAAGAUGGUAUGAAUAUAAUAUGGGAUACUGAUUUAGUUGAAAAAACAAUUUUAUCAUUCAUUAAACAAACAUCUGCUGAUAUUGUAAUAUCAUUUGAUGAAUGUGGUAUUUCAAGUCACCCAAAUCAUAUUUCAAUUUCAAAUGGUUUAAAACAAUUAAUGAAAAAUAAAUCCUCAUCAACAACAACAACAUCAACAACAUCAUCAUCAUCAUCAUCAUCAUCAUUAUCAAAUAGAACAACAAAUAAUUUAAAUAAAGAAAUUAAAGCAUAUAAAUUAGAAACAGUUAAUAUAAUUAGAAAAUAUAUUGGUAUUGCCGAUAUACCAUUAACAAAAUUACUUUCAUAUGAUGAAAAUUCAACACAAACUUUCAUUUCAACUCAAUUAUUUCCACCUUCAAGUUAUUCACCAAUGACAAAACAUAAAAGUCAAUUCGUUUGGUUUAGAUAUUUAUUUGUAUUCUUAUCAAGAUAUUCUUUUAUUAAUACAUUAAUCGAAAUAAAAUAA